AUGCUGAAGAACGGCGUCGCCAGGUUUGCUCGCAGCGCCCGUCCAUUCGGCAAGCCAGUAUCGAAAGCAUGGCAACCAAAGGCCUUUGCGCCCGCCAUCUCCCAGCGCUUCGCCAGCACCGACUCGGCCAAGGACGGAAAGGUCCACCAGGUCAUUGGUGCCGUCGUCGACGUCAAGUUCGGCAGUGAACAGCUCCCACCCAUUCUCAACGCACUCGAGACGACAAAUGGCGGUCAGAAGCUCGUUCUGGAGGUCGCACAACAUUUGGGCGAGAACGUCGUUCGAUGCAUUGCCAUGGACGGAACUGAGGGUCUCGUCCGUGGACAAACCGCUACCGACUCGGGAUCCCCCAUCAUGAUUCCAGUCGGCCCAGGUACUCUUGGCCGUAUCAUCAACGUCACCGGUGACCCAAUUGAUGAGCGUGGACCCAUCAAGCACGAGAAGAAGCUACCCAUUCACCAGGAAGCUCCAUCAUUCGUGGACCAGUCCACCAGCGCCGAGGUGCUCGUCACUGGUAUCAAGGUCGUCGAUCUGCUCGCCCCAUACGCCCGUGGUGGUAAGAUUGGUCUCUUCGGAGGUGCCGGUGUCGGCAAGACUGUGUUCAUUCAGGAACUCAUUGUUUUCACUGGUAUUGAGGGCAAGCUUGUCGAGCUCAAGGAUACCAUUGCAUCGUUCAAGAGAAUUAUGGAUGGUGAGGGUGACGAUCUUCCCGAGGGUGCUUUCUACAUGGUCGGCAACUUCGAGGAGGCACAGGAGAAGGGUAAGAAGAUUCUUGCAGAUCUCGAAAAGUCAUAGAAGCCUCGGGGAUGCGAGGAGAGAUGAGCGGUCGGGUUCUCUAGCGCUCGAACUUGUACAGAACAGAAUACAAGCGCCAGGGAGAGCAAGAUCGUAUUAGAGAGUGCUUUGU